AUGCUCAAGAAUCCGAUCCCGAAACCGGCCUCCAAUGCCAGUUGCGAGGAGGUGGCCUCGCCUGUGCAUCCUGCUCCCUCAGCCGUUUCAUUAUCGAGCCAGGACACCCCCUUUCUCUCCGUCCCAGCCGAAGCCAGGGCCAUCGAGCUGGAGCCCCGCAACAGAUCGUCUCCGCAGAAGCUCCUAGUUCUUUCCAGCACUCCCAUCAUUCUUGGACGCAAGCACAGCGUCAAAAUCACACCAACAAAUGGCUUCUUUGAUUGCAAAGUCCUCAGUCGGCAGCACGCCAAGCUGUGGAUUGCCAACGGACAGGUCUGGAUUCAGGACCUGGGCUCGUCCAACGGCACCUUUGUCAACAACACUAGGCUCGAGGAACAGGAAGUGUCCCUUUGCCAUAUGGACAUUCUGGAGCUGGGCAUCGAUGUGCAAGAUGUGGAUGGAACAGCGUUAUUUGAGCGGCUCGAGUUCACCGUUCUGUUCAGCGAUGUUGUUCCUGGGGCCGUGUCGCAAAAGUCCACCGUCGACUCGGAGCACGUCCGAGCCGUGCUCAGCCGCUGUGACUCGCUGCUUCGAGAGAGCGAGCCCACCAUGCGGGAAAUCGAGUGGCUCCAUCGCGAAAAGGAGCGCUUGAAUCAGAAAUACCCCCUCCACCACUUCCAUGGUCUUGGCCAGGGCCACUUUGCCGACGACGAUGAUCACCGCGGUAUGCGGUCAUCAAUGAAGGAUGUCUUCAAACGUAUCUCGACCAAGGUUCAGCAUGCCUUUCCCCAGAUGAAUGGCCGAGAUCCGGCCAUCCCCACGCCAUAUUCGACCAUGCACUCGAAUCUGAGCUUCAACGAUUCGCUCGACACCUUCACGGGCGACUCAACAUACAAUCUACCCCUCUCAUCGUCCUCGGCUGGUCCGUUGCACAUCAAGCGGAGCCGGACGAUCCUGUCGAAAUGGUGGAAGGACGAGUCGUAGCGUCGCCAAGACCCGUGUAUGCGAGGAAACGGGACCCGGUCCUUGCUAUUGGGGAGGUCGGGAGGUCGGAUUGACUGGAGGACGAGCCAAGCGCAUAUGCCUGGGCUACCCCUCAACUCUCUGCCUUUCUGUUCUCUUUUUGGAUGCUCUUCAUGUUGCCUGUGAGCAGCGGCUCAUUGCCCGCUCGCCUCUAUAAGCUUGCCAUUUCUAUUUAUUUCAUAUCAGUUUCUGUUCUCGCUCAAGAGGCAGCCCUUGCCCUCGAAUAUGUGUGUGUGUAUUUGAUAGCCCAUAUCGUUGCAGCGACGAUUCUAUCCCAGCCCAAUCUAAUCAAAUCGCUUGGCCUCGCCUCGCUUUGAUCCGGCCCGACCGAAUCCAACUCCAACCCCAACUCCAACU